AUGGCGUCUCCGGCCACGAUUCCCUUCACCUCAGUCGACACCACAACGCGGCAGCCAGCUAAGGAUGAGGUCGAGUCGCCGAGCAUCUCGAGCACAAAUGCGCUUGCCCGCUACGAAUACGAGGCGGGCCAUGGCAAUGCCACAACCGGUACCAAGAUCCUGAUGGUGGAGUGGGAGGACGACGACACAACGCGGGGAGUGCGGGGAGACUGGCACAUAUCGUGGGACGGCAGCACGCGUGUUCUGCCCGCCAACGAUCAACCUGCCAACGACGUGAACCGCAUGUACUUCCUGCUGCCCCCGGGAGUCGCGGUACCUACAAGUGUCACACUCACGCUACGACCACAGGACGCUAGUAUAUCGCCUGUGGUCUGGCAUACCAACCCUCUGCCCGCUUUGUUUCCCCCUGAACUAGGAGCAUCGGCGCGUGCAGCGGGGAAGAAGGGUGUUUUGCACACUAUCUGGGCGAAGAAGAGGCUACAGGUCCUGCAAAAAGAGAUUGAAGCCGAAUCGCGUAACAACGUCGAAGGCGUUGGCCUGCUCAUGGUGGUGCAGGAGAAGGAAUGGAUCGAAUCAACUUUUGGUGUAAAUGCCAAACCGGCGGGUCUCAGUAUCUCGCUGGGAGAGCCCAUGUUAGCCCCGAUGAAGGGUCCAGCUAGCCCACGAUCACCAGGCGGUGGACGGCUGAUGGACAAGCUGGCAGGCCUGCGACUAGGUACGAGCGAUAAAGACCUUACUCCCAGCAGCAGCACGCCAGGCUUUUCCAAUCCUCUAUCGCCCGAAUCCUCGGAUAUUGCUAUUAGUUCAUUUUCCGUCUUCAAAGGAGCAAAUCCUUCCGCACUUGCUGCAAAGCCUCCACAGCAACCACAGUCUCAGCCAGCAGCGCCGCCUCGCAAGGUCGCUGCCCAGGCCCCCCCGCAGUUCAUCACAGAACAGCAAGGCGCUGGUAUGAUGGGUUCGCUGAACGCCCUAUCUGGCCCUGCGCCUAUCUUUCAAUCACGGGGUGUAUCUGGACCUGCAGACGAGGAUGACAAGGACGACGGGCUAUUCGCUCUACCUAUAAGUCCGAGAAGUCCUGAAGUGGGAAAGAGUCCGUUUUCAUUCGCGGCAAACGAGACGGCUCCUUUCUUGAAGGAGGAGAGUGCUGUUUAA